AUUAUUUAUUUAUUUUGUCAUUUUCCACAAGAUAAGAGCCCUAUAAAUAUGUACUAGCCUCAAUUUUCUCACAUAUAUCUUAAAAAAUAUAGUAAUACUAUACAAUAUACAAAAUUCCUAAGGUUCUUCUCCAUCAAAUGGCACACUCCAUGCGUUUCUUUGCUACUAUAUUACUUCUAGCCAUGCUUGUCAUGGCCACUGAGAUGGGACCAAUGAGAAUUGCAGAGGCAAGGCAUUGCGAGUCGAAGAGCCAACGUUUUAAGGGACCAUGUGUGAGACAGAAGAAUUGUGCCGCUGUGUGUGAGACCGAAGGAUUUCCCGGUGGUGAUUGCCGUGGAUUUCGUCGUCGUUGCUUCUGCACUAGGCCAUGCUAAAUAAGAGUACUAAUAAUAUGAAUUAUGUUUAAACUUUAAAGAAGUUUUAAGUACUCUUGAAUAAAGAACACUAUGGUUGUUCAAAGAUGUAGUGCCUGUUUUGUUUCUAAAGCUAGUUAUGAUCUUUGAAUUGUAUGCAAUUAUAGUGCGUGCACUAGGGCGUAUUUCUUGUAUGCUAUAUGAAACAUUAUGGAUAAAAUUUGUCUUUUGGCCUCUAAUAUAAUUUUUAUGUGUAGUGUGUUC